CGCGCCCCGCUGCAUCCCGGCGUGCCCCGCGGGCGGGAACCCGGAAGCGCGGCGGCGCCAUGGCCCAGGGCAGGCCCAAAGCGGCGGCUAAGCGGCCCGGGCGGGCGGCGGCGGCGGCGGGGGGGACCCCGGCCCGGGGGGCGCGGGGGCCGCGGAAGGGAGGCCGGACCAUCGCCCCCAAGAAGCUCCGGGUGAUCCAGCAGCAGAAGCUGAAGAAGCGCCUGGAGGUCGGCAUCCGGAUGAAGAUCGAGCGGGACGCGCUGCAGCGGGCGGCCGCCGGCCUCCCCAAGAAGCUGGGGGUGGUCGCGGCGCCCCCUCCCCCCACCAAGGGCAAGGCUAAGAAGGGCCGGGGCUGAGCCCCUCCCCCCCACACCCCCGGACCCUUCCGAGGCGCGGGGGGGGUGGGGAAGGGGCACGAGCGCGCCCGGCCUCAGCCUUGCUGGAACUGUCUAAUUAAUAAAAGGGAUUCGGGGGCUCCCCCGCUCCCCCCCUCCUCCA